AUGGAGCCCAUUGCUGUUAUUGGCCUUGAUCUCAAGUUCCCCGGCGAUGCUACGGACGCCGAUGGGUUCUGGGACAUGCUGGUGACUGGCCGCUCAGCGUGCACAGAUAUUCCAGACGAUCGUUUCAAAGUCUCGUCAUUUUACCACCCGGACCCAGAGCGUUCGGGUUCGCUUAAUGUCACCAGGGCGCAUUUUCUGAAGGGUGAUAUAGCGGCGUUCGAUGCCCCCUUUUUCUCUAUUACACCUGCGGAAGCGGGUGGCAUGGAUCCUCAGCAGCGUGGUCUGCUUGAGAAUACCUACCGUGCUCUCGAAAACGGUAUGAACUUUGCAUUCUUUGACCACCAAGAAUCUGGAUCUGACUCUAUCAUAGCGGGAUGUCCAAUGGAAAAAGUUCUUGGAACAAACACUGGUGUUUUCAUCGGUUGUUUCACUCGUGAAUACGAAGCCAUCAUGUUCAAGGAGACAGAAAUACAGCAGCGCUACUUUGCUACUGGCACUGGAACAACCAUGCUUGCCAAUCGACUGAGCUAUUUUUAUGACCUUCAUGGUCCGAGCAUAAGUCUUGACACAGCGUGCUCCAGCAGUCUCAACGCCUGCCACCUCGCUUGUAACAGCCUACGGUUAGGCGAGUGUGAUAUGGCACUAGCAGCUGGCUGUAACCUGUUCUACAACCCCGAUACCAUCAUCCCACUCACAGCCCUUGGCUUUCUAUCUCCCGAUGGGAGAUGUUACAGCUUUGAUGAACGAGCCAACGGAUACUCACGUGGUGAGGGAUUUGGAAUGGUUGUGCUGAAGAGGCUGAGUGACGCUAUUCGAGAUGGCGACUGUAUUCGUGCCAUCGUUAGAGGCUCUUCAAGCAACCAGGACGGCAACUCACCUGGUAUCACACAGCCCACUCGACAGGCACAAGUUGACUUGAUCAACGCCGCGUAUCGAUCAGCUGGUCUAUCCAAGACGCAGACACGCUUCUUUGAGGCUCACGGUACCGGGACUCCUGUGGGUGACCCCAUUGAAGCCAGUGCUAUCAGUGGCGCUUUCUCAGAGUAUCGCUCCGAGCAGGAGCCAAUGGUUGUUGGCGCAGUCAAAACAAACAUCGGCCAUCUUGAAGGUUCGGCUGGGAUUGCAGGUCUCAUCAAGGCUAUUAUGGUCCUUGAGAAAGGCAUAAUACCUCCCAACAUGGGCUUCCAAACCCCCAACCCCAAGAUUCCUGUUCAUGAUUGGCACCUCAAGUUCCCUACCAAGCCUGAAGCUUGGCCUACUAAAGGACUCAGGCGAGCUUCGAUCAAUGCCUUUGGUUAUGGUGGAAGCAAUGCCCACAUCAUCAUCGAUGAUGCCUAUCACUAUCUCCUCGAACACGGUUUGAAAGGCAAACACCAAACCAUUGAGUACCCCCCGGUCGAGGGUUUAAAGUCUUCCAUCAAUGGAACCAAUGGUACCAAUGGUCACUCUAACGGCAUCAAUGGCCACACCAACGGUCAUCAGUCUGCUUCUAGCUCCAGUGACGACGAGUAUAUCUUGGUCAAGCGCUUUAAAGGUCAUGCCCCUCCCAGUCGCUCAUUCUUCUUUUCCACCUUCGACGAAGCUGGAGCAGCCCGCAUGGCACAAGCAUACAAGGAGUUCCUUGCUUCCACUAGCAGAUCAAAAGUUGCUGGGUCUGAGGAAGAACAGCGCUUCUUGAGUGACCUUUCUUACACUCUCAUCAACCACCGCACAUCCUUCCCUUGGCGGUUCUCUAUAGUCACCGACAGCAUCGCGGCUUUGGCCGGUAAAUUGGCGGCUAGCCCCUCACCUGUUAGAGCCACUGCAGAUCCUAAGCUUGGAUUUGUCUUUACAGGACAGGGUGCCCAGUGGUACGCCAUGGGUAGAGAAUUGCUCUCUGCUUAUCCGACAUUCAGCACAUCCAUCUUUGCUGCAGACUUGUAUUUGCGAGAGCUCGGAUGCCCAUGGUCCCUUGUUGGCGAAUUGCUCCAGAACCAGGACAAGUCACGCAUCGAUGAUCCUGCAUUGAGUCAACCAAUCUGCACAGCCUUGCAGGUGGCUCUUGUUGACCUCCUCGCCAGCUGGGGUAUCAAGCCCGCUGCAGUGGUUGGCCAUUCAUCGGGUGAGAUUGGUGCUGCCUAUGCUACAGGUGCCAUCUCGCAGGAGUCGGCCUGGAAGCUAGCAUUCUAUCGCGGUGCUCUGUCCUCUCGGCUGGCCAAGUCUCCCAAUCAUACCAACGGGGCUAUGCUCUCAGUGGCCAUGAGCUCAUCAGAUGCCAUGACCUAUCUUGAGGAACACGUUGGCAGCGCCGCUGGUAGAGACAUCGUCGUUGCCUGUAUCAACAGCCCUCGAAAUGUGACGCUUAGCGGCAGUGCAGCAUACAUUGACAAGAUCAAGGCUGCUGCAGACCGUGAUGGUAUUUUUGCCCGCAAGCUCAAGGUUGAUAACGGUUACCAUUCACCUCUGAUGGCCACCAUCGCCGAAGAAUACAGAAGCGCAAUUGGUGACCUCGAGGCCGGAACCAACAUCUCACCAGGCCAGGUUACUCCAGUUUUUUACUCGUCCCUGGGAGGAACAGUUAGCUCUGUCUCUGCCCUUCAGAACCCCGAUCACUGGGUUGAUAACCUGGUUUCGCCGGUCCAAUUCUCUAAAGCCUUCUCGCUCAUGUGCUCCAAUGCCAGCUCCAGCGCACCAGUUAGGAAGCUUGGGUCCUCGGCCAAAGCAACCGUCAAGCCCCCAAAGAUUACUCAUGUACUCGAGAUUGGUCCUCAUGCGGCCCUGCGUGGCCCCAUUCGUGAGAUCAUGGAGUUGACACCAGAAGUGAGUGGUAUUGGAUACGAGUCAGUGCUUCGUCGCGGUGCUUCUGCGGUUGACACUGCUUUGAGUGCCGCCAAUUGGCUUUGGUGUCGGGGUUACGAAGUGGACAUGUCUGAUGCCAGUAUAUCAAAAGACAGUUCCCUUGUGGUCAACGCACCAGGAUAUCCUUUCAACCAUUCCAACAUCUAUUGGAAUGAGAGCCGUAUCAGUAAAGGAUAUCGCUUCCGCCCUGCUAUGCGACAUGAACUAUUUGGUGCGCCAGUGCCAGAUUGGGACCCAGCCAAUGCUGUGUGGCGUAACUACAUGCGUCUUUCAGAGAAUCCUUGGGUGAAACAUCAUCGAAUCACCGGUGCUACCAUCUAUCCCGCGGCAGGAAUGCUCGUCAUGGCCAUAGAGGCCAGUCGACAGAUGGCAGACAUAACUAGGGUAGUCAAGGGCUUCCGCAUUCUUGACGCUCGCUUCAAUGUUGCUCUUCGCGUUCCAGCGACGCAGAAUGGUCUCGAAACGCACUUUUAUAUGCAGCCCUCAAGGGAUCACCCAGAUACUGUGGCGAGGACUGUAAGGAAAUUCUCCCUGAGCAGUUAUGAGGGCGGUGAGUGGCGUGAGCACUGCCACGGCCUGGUCGUCACUGAGUACGAGCAACCUUAUACUGUCGUGGACGACGGAAGAGAAGACUUCGAGUUCCAAGAAGCAUGUAAGAAUAGGCUCGCGGACGUGGAAAAGGCCUCAAAAGUUGAGACCUCAUUCCGACAGCUCUAUGAGCAUUUGUCGACUGUUGGUCUUGACUUUGGCGCUACUUUCCAAACCCUCCGCGACAUUCGCUGCGGUGACAUUGGCGAAGCUGUGGCUACAGUGGAGAGGCAAGACCUCGAGAGCCUGAUGCCUCUAGGCUAUCUGCAAGACCAUCUCAUUCACCCCACCGUGCUGGAUGGUAUACUCCAGAGUAUCAUUGUCAGUUUGACAAAAGGUGGCCGUGAGAUUGACCAGGUCAUGGUUCCCUCCGAAAUCGGCGACCUCUGGGUAUCUGCCGAUCCCUCAACAUCCAAGUUCGAUACUGUUCGAGUCUCUUGCUCAGGUAAAUUCCUUGGCAUUAGGCAAGCUGAGGCGCGCAUCGUUGGUAUGGAUGUUGAUACUGGCAAGGCCGUUUGUACUGUGGACAACUUUGUCAUCACUACUGUCGCACGAAGCGAAGGCGCUUCCUCGUCUGACGCUGCAAGAAGACUCUGCUUCAACCUUGAUUACAAGGUAGACCCAGUUCUUCUAGACCAAGAGACGGCAGACAAGACACUUCAGCCUGAUGCAAAAUGUGGUGCUACACCUCAACAGGCACAGUUGAUCCAGGAGGUGGAGAUGAUGUGUUUCUUGUACAUCAAACGCUUCUGGGACAGAAUAUAUGAUGCGAACCGCGACGCCAAGUCCGUUCCAUAUCACAAGAAGUAUAUCGCCUGGAUCAAGCACCAACUGCAGAAAUAUGACGCUGGCCUUAUCCCGCAUGCCAUGCCUGAAUGGCGUGAACGAGCGGCUGAUGAUGAGUACAUCAGCCGAAUGGAGACCAAGCUACUCACAGAAGGCUCAGCUGAGGGAAAGCUAGUCGUCAAUGUUGGACGAGAACUCCCCAAUAUCCUCGCUGGCAAGUCUGAUGCUCUGGAGCUCCUCUUCAAAGAUAAACUAGUCGAGAACGUUUACCGCUCCGGAGUCGGGGCUGAGAUUGGUUAUGACCGCAUGGUGGCUUACAUCGAUGCUCUGGCGCAUAAGAACCCAGCUCUCCGUGUUCUUGAGGUUGGUGCCGGAACAGGUGGCGCCACAAGACCUAUCCUCAAGUGUCUCACGACACAAGGUAAUGGCGAGAUUGGCACGCCACGGUUUAGCCACUAUGCAUUUACAGAUGUAUCGAUUGGAUUCUUUGAGAACGCUCGAGAAAUGUUCAAGGAUAGUGCUGCACGCAUGAGCUUCCGCGCUCUCAAUAUUGAGGACGACUUAGAACAACAAGGUUUCUCGGGGCCAGCAGAACAGUACGACGUCAUCUGCGCUGCCAAUGUCAUCCAUGCAACCAAGAACCUUGAGGCGACCUUAUCCAACGCGAAGAAGUUGCUCAAGCCUGGAGGCAAGCUCAUCUUAUAUGAGAUGACAAACACUGGCAUGAUACGAACCGGCUUCGCCUUUGGUCUACUACCAGGUUGGUGGUUAUCGGUUGAGGACUUCCGCCAAUUCACACCACUGGCUGCUCCAAGUGACUGGUCCAGAUCGCUCAAGGCCAGUGGGUUCAGUGGUAUUGAUCUGCACAUUUAUGAUUUUCCAGAUCACAGGCAUCAGAUGGUCAGUGUCCUCAUCUGCACAGCUCUUGGUGAUGGAAGUGAAGAGAAUGUACCAGCCACUUCCUACUCCUCGUCACCCAUCAAGAUCAUCACUUGCGGUACAGGAUCCACCUCAGCUACCCAAGAGAGCCUUGCUACAGCUCUUGAGGAGCGAGCUACCAGCCUCGGUACUAGCAUUGAUGUUGCCAAACUGUACGAUGCUGUGGCAGAUCUUAAGGAUCUGCAGCAAACCCGUUGCAUCUUCCUGGGGGACAUCAAGUCCGACUUUCUGGAACAUGUUCAUGAUGAUGAUUACGAAGCUUUCCAGAAGCUGAUCAGUUCCACCAAGACGUUGCUCUGGGUCAACCAGGGAGGCGGCCCUUCACCCAAGAACCCUAGCGCUGACAUGGUGACUGGUUUCGCUCGUUGCAUGCGUGCUGAGAACCCAGGACUAAACUUUGUCACCUUGUCCGUCGAUGACCUGGAUUCCUUAGACAAAACCAGCUCCAUCAUCUUGCGAAUCCUGAGUUCAGGAGGUGGAAAUGAGAACACCUUCUUCGAAAAGGACGGCGCUGUCUAUAUUCCACGCAUCACCGAAGCCAACACAGUCAACCAUCUGAUCGCCGCCAAGACCAAGGGCGAGUCAGCCAGGUCAGAGACAUGGCAGGAUGCUAGCAACGACAGAGCUUUGACUCUACAGUGUGCUGUGCCUGGUCUCCUCGAUAGUCUUCAGUUCCAAGAUGAUGAGCUAUAUGAAAUGCCCCUCGGACCUUGUGAUGUCGAGGUACGCGUUCACGCUACUGGCCUCAACCUCCUUGAUGUCAUGAUCGCUCUCGGUCAGGUCAUUGGCGAAGCAUUUGGGCAAGAGUGCGCUGGUGUAGUGACUCGUGUAGGAACAGAUGUGGAUCGUGUCUGUGGUCUCCUUAGAGGAACUUUCAAGACCUUUGCACGGGGCUCUCAAUGGCAGUUCGCCAAGAUUUCCUCAGGCAUCGAUUAUGCGGUUGCAGCGGCAGUACCAGUUGUUUACACCACCGCCUACUACGGACUUCAUGAUAUCGCGCGCCUGCAAGCUGGAGAGAGCAUCCUAAUUCACUGGGGUGCUGGUGGUGUUGGGCAGGCUGCUAUCCAACUGGCCAAGGCGGCUGGAGCUGAGGUGUUUGUCACUGUGGGUUCCAUUGAGAAGCGAGACUUUGUGCAUGAGCACCACGGUAUUCCUCUGCACCAUGUACUGUCAAGUCGUGACCUGAGCUUUGUACAUGGUAUCAAGAGAUUAGG